AUGGUAUUUCUAGCAAACUUGGAGGGCCACGGCCUCGUUUUCACCUACGGUCUCUUUGGCGUGCAGCAUGACGAGAUCACGGCUGAGAAGAAGAAAACCAUUUCAACUCUCUACUCCCUAUUGAGUCAGUCUGCCAACCGAGUUGAUCACUUACAGGAUGAGAGCCACGGCGUUCCCCGCGAAGGCCCAAGGUGCACCACUUUCGUUGCAUACUGGCUGAAAUCUGGCGACUACAAGCAGUGGAUGGCAACAGACGAGGUGAAACAAUUCUGGGACAAUCUGCCUGAUGAUGCCGGUGUUUGGCGGGAGGUGAUGACAGUCCCUAAGUCUCGUUACAUGUUUGCAGCAAACCAACCCGAAACAUCCGGCCUGGCCACCAUGUUGGGUCUCAAAGAGAGUACAGAUGAGGCGUAUUGGGGGGUCUACCGCCAUCGGCUCAGCGCCAAUCCUGACGAGUACACAGACCCGAGCGAUACCUUUACGUCGCCCCUCGUCACCACGACGAAGGCGAAGCCUGACUCGAGCAAGAAAGUCGUGGACCUGUCGAGAUCGUCGCUGUCCGACAAGGUUCGAUACGGAAGGGUCAAGAUCGACAAGAUCCCCGAUAAUCUGUGCUACUGUCGAGAAGGCCAGCGACAGCCGAAUCUGCCGCCAGAGGAGCUUGAAAUGUGGAAGGAGAAGCUGGCGCCGCACGCUCUGGCGUGGAUGAAGCACCUGGACACGGAGCGCAACAAGAACGGCGUGGUCUCCUUCACCUUCAAUAUCGCACAUCUGAACCCCAAGCCUACCUUGGACCCAGGGACAGAUCUGGAAGUGGAUACCGAUGCUAUUGCCGAGACGAACCAGUUGAUGUACCUGCUUGACCUCGCUCAUUUCGAGUUGGCCGGCCGCUCUUUCAAAGAUCAUGUCAAGCUGCGACAGACGACGUUUGAAAUGUACGGCCCAGGAGGUCCGCACGGCCAAAACGGCAAACUCUCGAUCUGGGUUGAGCUUUGCAUUCUGAAAUCGGGCGACAUGGACGCCGAGUACAUAGGCUGCAGAGAAGGGACCGGUCUGAUGAUCUUGGAGGGUGUGUAA